AGGUCUCUCUCCACCCAAAAAAAAAUCCAUAGCUUUUGCCAAUUCUAUACGGAAUUUCUCUUUCGGCCCCCCAACAGAGAAAGGAGAGAUCUUUUCUAAUACCUCUCCCUCCACGGAAGAGGAACACCUACAAGGGCAGACUAGACAUGGCUUCUGCUUCUUCAUCGAUUUGGGUCGCCUUCACGGUGCUCCUGCUCGCGAUUCCCUCGUCGGAAUCCGUGAAAUUACCAUUUCACCCUCGGGACUUGCUUCCCGUCUUGCCCCGGCAGGUCUCAUGGCCGAUUCUCAACUCUCUCAACAGUGCCGUCGAUCUUCUCCCCUCUUUUGUCGGCUCGGCCUCGCCUCAGAACGACGCCGUCCAGUGGAAAGGGGCUUGUUUCUACGAGAACAGGGCUUGGUUGGAGUUCCACAACAACUCCGGUAGCGAAUUCGGUGGGGGCACACUUCAUAUUAAGGUGGAUAAGGCACAUAGCUGGACCUGCAUGGAUAUUUACGUCUUUGCAACUCCUUAUCGUGUGACAUGGGAUUGGUACUUCGUUUCUCGGGAGCAUACAAUGGAAUUUAAGGAGUGGGAAGGAAAAGCCGAAUAUGAAUAUGUUAAAAGGAAGGGAGUUUCGAUCUUUCUCAUGCAAGCAGGGAUGCUGGGAACACUCCAAGCAUUGUGGGAUGUUUUCCCGCUCUUUACCAAUACCGGGUGGGGGGAGAAUUCUAAUAUCGCCUUUCUUAAGAAGAGGAUGGGUGCUAAGUUUGAGAAGCGGCCUGAACCAUCAUGGGUUACAAAUGUUACUACCGAUGAAAUCCAUUCAGGAGAUCUCUUAGCCAUCUCCAAAAUUCGUGGACGGUGGGGUGGUUUUGAGACCCUUGAGAAGUGGGUCAGUGGAGCUUAUGCUGGUCAUUCCGCUAUCUGUCUUAGGGACUCUGAAGGGAAACUAUGGGUUGGUGAGUCGGGCCAUGAAAAUGAACAGGGAGAAGACAUAAUAGCCAUGUUACCAUGGGAGGAGUGGUGGGAGUUUGAACAAACCAAGGAUGACUCCAAUCCUCAUAUUGCAUUGCUGCCCUUGCAUCCCGAUGCUCGUGCUAAAUUUAACGUUACUGCCGCAUGGGAAUAUGCUCGGAACAUGGAUGGUAAACCAUAUGGCUACCACAACAUGAUCUUUAGCUGGAUCGAUACUAUCAGUGAAAACUAUCCACCUCCUCUGGAUGCUCAUGUUGUUGCCUCUGUCAUGACAGUUUGGAGCAAGAUUCAACCCGACUAUGCUGCUAACAUGUGGAAUGAAGCCCUGAACAUGCGACUUGGAACCAAGGACCUUGAUCUUCCAGACAUAAUGGUGGAAGUGGAAAAGCGUGGAUCCUCUUUUGACGAGUUGCUGACAAUACCUGAGCAGGACGAUUGGGUAUACAGCGAUGGGAAAUCAACCUCUUGUAUCGCCUUUGUUCUUGAAAUGUACAAAGAGGCUGGGCUGUUCGAUCCUAUUGCUAGUUCUGUUCAAGUCACAGAAUUCACGAUCAAAGAUGCUUACAUGCUCAAGUUUUUCGAGACAAAUGCAAGCCGUCUUCCCAAUUGGUGCAAUGACAAAGAUGAUGUGAAGCUUCCGUAUUGUCAGAUACUGGGGAAAUACAGGAUGGAACUUCCAGAUUACAACACCAUGGAGCCAUACCCUCGCAUGAAUGAGCAGUGCCCAUCUCUACCUCCCGAAUACCACAGACCGGACAGCUGCUAGAAACCAUGAACUCCAUCAAAAGCAUCUUCCUUGGAUGUUUGUUUGUUAGAACAAAAUUCAUGUACUGUCCACUUGUACAUAUUACUCUUCCAAGUUUUUAGGCCUCUGACAAUAUCUA